GCUGCGCGUACACACACACACUCGUACACGGCCGAAACCGCACGCACACACACACCGUUCGGUCAUUUCGUCUGCCGUCGCUCGUCGCACUCCGCGGUAGUGUGAUUAUUUUUUUGUUUUCGUUUUCCGAAAUAUUUCGCCACCGACUCUCCCGGACGACGAACGUCGUCGACCACCAGAGCGUUCGUAGUUUUUUCGUCGACGUGCCCGUUACCUCUUGACCGACGUCGUCAUGGCCGAAGUAUCCAAAGAAACCCUGAAGAAAGAGAUCGCUGCUCUAUUAAAAGGAGCAGAUUUGACAAAAACUUCUGCAAAGAAAAUUAGACAAGAACUUGAAAAGAAAUUAGAUACGGAUCUUGAUGAUAGGAAAAAAGAAAUUGAUUCUUUAGUAAUGGAAGGUAUUAAAAAAGCUAAAGCCACCAAGAAGAAUGGCAAAGGGGAUAGUGAUGAUGAAAACGACGAUGAUGAUGAUGAUGAUGAUGCCGAAAAUGAUGAUGAAGAUGAUGAUGAUGAGGAAGAAGAAGAAGUGAAACCUGCAAAAAAAGUAUCAGUUCCCAAACGUAAAAAGGCUGAUACUAGUGAUGAGAGUGCUGGAUCUGAUGAUGAUGAUGGCGACAAAAAUGAUGGUGACUAUAGUCCUAAAAAAGGUACCCCAUCAAAAAAGAAGGCUCCUGCUGCUAAACGUGGACGCAAGAAGAAGGAUGAUAGUGACAGUGAUGAAGACUGGAAAGGAGCCAAAAAAGGAGCUAAAAAAGCUGGGGGUGCCAAACGUGGAGCAAACAGUGGGUAUACCAAAUCCAUAACUCUUAGUCCUGAACUUGCUUCAUUAAUGGGAUCUGAAGCUUUACCACGUCAUGAAGUUGUUAAAAAGAUGUGGGCUAUAAUUAAAGAAAGAAAUCUUUAUGAUCCAUCCAACAAACAAUACGCUAUUUGUGAUGAUGAUUUAAUGAAAGUUAUUGGAGUCAAACGUUUCAGAACGUUUGGUAUGAUGAAGUUCUUAAAAAAUCAUUUUAUAUCAUAAUUUUACUUACUAGACAAAACAAUUUUACUGAAAAUCCUACUUUUCUCCCUCCCUCAAAAAUUUUCUUAAAUUUAAAAUUAUGACUACUUUGUGUUUCUCCAUGUAUUUGUGGAAGUUCGAGGUAAAUUUUUUAUAAAGAGAAUACUGAUUUCUCAAAAAGUAUUAUAAUUUUUCAUUCCUAAAAAAAAAAAAAAAGUAAAAUGGUCUUGGCAUUCAAUUUAGGUUAAUGUCUAUUUUUUAUGUCUUUUUUUUUUUUGAGUGAAAUAUAUAUUUUUUUCAUA